AUGUGGCUUCUCAGCCUACUACUGUUUUCCUUGGCCGCUGGCAGUUAUGUUCCGUUGUCAUCGUAUCCCUUGGCUGUCAAGACCCCAUAUCUAUCAGCAUGGCUGCCUGGCGAUCAGGCCAAAAAUGUAUCCACUGCACAGCCAGAGUUCUGGGCCGGUCAGCCUCUUACUUGGAAAGUGAUCGCGCGGGUAAAUGGUGAGAUAUAUUCGUUGUUCGGAUGCCCAGACGAGAAUAUCACUUCUGCGGACCAGAUCAGCAUCUCCUACUCCGCAACUCACACCGUCGUGGAUUUGAAGACCGGGAGUCAGGGGCCACAAUUUACCCUGGACUUCUUUUCACCUGUAUCGACUGUGGAUUUUGCGCGGCAGUCAAUUCCUUUCAGUUACCUCACGGUUUCGGUAGACAACAACAACACAGAGGAUGAGGUUGAUGUGAUGACGGCAAUCGAUGAGUCGUGGAGUGCGCAGCCAGGUCAGAUGGUGAUGGAAUGGCAUGAAGGGAGACACUCCCAAUCAUUUAUUAUCAAGAACUAUCAACAGGUUGAUGCCUCCGAGGACGAUAGAGACAUGGCAACCUGGGGUCGAGUGGUCUUCUCGUCCAAUAUGAGCCAGAGUCUAACUUACCAGAGUGCGGCACCCUCUACAAUAUUGUCCCAAUUUUCUAUACUAGGUCAAUUCUCUCAAAAUACCAGCAACUACACACGAGAUGACUUAGUUGCAUUCGCUUACCGGUUCGUUGGUGGCAAUGUAGUCCAAACAUCCUCAGUCACGUUCGCCCUCGGCUUGCAGCAAGAUCUAAAUGGCUUCUUUGGAGAGGAGUACGAAUCACUAUACUUUGAACCGCUUUGGCCCACUACAGAGGAGGUAGUCGAUCACUUCUUGGAAGAUGAGGCUUGCGCCCGUCAAGAAUCAAUCAAGCUCGACCGACAAGUAAGAGAAAUUGGAGAACGGUUUUCCUCGAACUACGCAGAUAUUCUGGAGGGAACAGUCCGACAGAUCUGGGGUUCAAUUCACAUUUCGGUGCCAUGGGGUAGCAAUGAUACAUUAUAUCACCUGGGAUUCAUGAAAGCUAUAUCUGCUGGUGGUCGAGUCAGCCCAGUCUCUGACCUCCUUCCAAGAGCUCUACCGGCUUUUUACGUCCUAGCACCGGAUUACAUCCCUCUGCUUUUAAAGCCUGUAUUGAACAUGACGCUUGGCUGGCCAAUGGACUACGCCUUACAUGAUAUUGGAAAGCAUUACCCUAACGCAACUGGCCCUACCGAGGACGACGAAUAUUCCUUCCCAUUACAACAGACAAGCGCUUUGCUUUGGAUGGUUUACGUAUACCAGAAGGUUUCCGGUGAUAUUGAGUGGGCAAAGCCCUUCUUGCCAGCACUACACAGAUAUGCCGAUUACCUCGUACGUCACGGUCAAUACCCACCUGAAGAACGUUCGACUAUCGACCACAACGAGACGCAGGCCAACCAAACCUUAAUAGCAAUAUCUGCCUCCAUUGGUCUGAAGGCCUAUGGUGCACUUAGCGGAAUGACCAAUUACACAGACAUUGGAAAUUCGUAUGCGUCGACUAUCAUGAACCUUGGCACAGAUACGAAACAGGCUCAUUUUACCUCGCACUACGGUAGAGCCGACUCUACCUGGAUCACGUCCUACCCACUUGCAUAUGACAAGCUCCUAGGGUUAGGCACAUUCGACGAGGCAGUGUACGAGAUGCAGUCGAACUGGUACAAGGAUCUGGUUCAGCCCGAUGGGUUGCAGUUUUCAAGUGAUGUCCAGUUUACAGUGGCCGAUUUAGAAAUGAUGGCAGCCGCAACCUGUUCAAAUGAUGUGCAAACCUUGAUUGUUGAUGGUCUACAUCAGACGACGACAUCUCGUAUUGAUUCUGUCCCAGGACCUAAUCGUUGGAACGUGACGGGAGCCAAUUCUGGCCGCCAGAGCUCAACAAAAGCCCAGGCUGCUGUUGGGGGCUACUGGAUGAUGGCGGCAGUCAAUAUGUCUGGACAGGGAGGUUCUGUCGAACUUCCCAGUGAAUUGCGGCAUAUUCAGGAUAUUCAUCAAGUGCCUCUUAAGCCUUCUUAG